AUGGGUGUUCCAGCCCUCUUCCGAUGGCUUUCGUCCAAGUACCCAAAGAUUGUUUCCGCCGUCGUUGAAGAACAGCCGCAGGAGAUAGACGGGCAGGAAAUACCAGUCGAUAUCACCAAACCGAACCCAAAUGGCGAGGAGAUGGAUAACCUGUAUUUGGACAUGAAUGGUAUCGUCCACCCAUGUACGCAUCCCGAGGGCAAGCCUCCACCGGCAAACGAGGGCGAGAUGAUGCUGGAAAUCUUCAAAUAUACAGACAGGGUGGUGAACAUGGUCCGGCCAAGAAAGGUGCUAAUGAUUGCUGUUGAUGGCGUCGCUCCGCGUGCAAAAAUGAACCAGCAACGCUCCCGUCGAUUCCGUUCUGCGCAAGAUGCAAAGGCUGAAGAUGAGAAGAAAGUGGAAUUCGCAAAGUUGCUCAAGAAACAGAAACGUGGGAAGAAAGAUGUAACAAUUACUGAAGAGGUGAUUACAAAAACCUGGGAUACCAAUGUCAUCACUCCAGGAACACCAUUUAUGGAUAUCCUUGCACUUGCACUGCGAUAUUGGGUCGCGUAUAAGCUAAGCACUGACCCUGGUUGGGAAAAGUUGAAAGUCAUUAUCUCCGAUGCCACAGUCCCAGGGGAGGGAGAACACAAAAUUAUGGAGUUUAUUCGUUCUCAGCGUGCUUGUCCGGAGUAUGACCCCAAUACUCGGCACGUCAUUUACGGCUUGGAUGCCGAUUUGAUCAUGUUGGGGCUAGGCACUCAUGAGCCACACUUCCGAGUUUUGCGCGAAGAUGUCUUUUUCCAGGAAUCAAAAGCCAGAACUUGCAAACUAUGUGGGCAAGCCGGCCAUGUUGAAGAGGCCUGCACAGGAAAGGCGAAAGAAAAGCGAGGGGAGUUUGAUGAAAAGCAAAAGGGAAACCCCCUGAAACCAUUCAUCUGGCUUCAUGUUUCCGUACUUCGUGAAUAUCUGGCUGUAGAAAUGCAGGUCCCUCAACAACCGUUUCCUUUUGAUCUCGAGAGAGCUUUGGAUGACUGGGUAUUCAUGUGUUUCUUCGUUGGUAACGACUUCUUACCUCAUCUUCCGUCGUUGGAGAUUCGUGAGAACGGCAUAGAUACACUCAUUGCAAUUUGGCGUGAUAAUAUCCCACAAAUGGGUGGCUAUCUAACGAAGGAUGGCCGGGUUGAUUUGGCAAAGGCACAAUUAAUUUUACAGGGGCUAGCCAAACAGGAAGACGCAAUCUUCCGCCGUCGGCGACAGACCGAGGAGAGAAGGAAUGCAAAUGCUAAACGACGCCAGGAGGAAGACCGUCAACGCAGGAACAAUAACAACGACCAUGCUCGAAAGAAGCGAAGAGGCUCCCGCGGUGCUGAACCAGUUCCAGAUAUUCCACCUCUCGUCGUACCUGGGAAAGGCGAAUUAUCGAGAGCUGAGAGAGAACUGACACACGCCAUGGUUGUCAAUCGCGGCGCAGUCUACAAGGCUAACAUGGCAAACAAAAGCGCUGCCGCCGCUCUCAAGGCCCAGCUUUUAUCCGGUGGCACAGCAGAAGACGGCGUUGAUACUACAAAUGCUCAGGACUCAGCACCUUCAGGGAUGCCCAGCUCAAAACUUGGCAAACGCAAGUCGGACGUAUUUGAAAACUCAAAUACAGAAGCGGAAGCAGAAGAAGAGGAUGAGGAAGAGGAAGACACAGUUGAGAUUCCGGCAAAGCCCAAAGAAGAUGAAAUGCCCCCGGAUACGGUGCGGCUGUGGGAAGAUGGAUAUGCAGACCGGUACUACGAACAGAAAUUCGGAGUAAGCCCCAAAGAUAUCGCUUUCCGACAUAAGGUAGCUCGGGCAUACGUUGAAGGACUGAGUUGGGUUCUUUUGUAUUAUUUCCAGGGAUGUCCGUCCUGGACCUGGUACUACCCGUACCACUAUGCCCCAUUUGCCGCCGACUUUGUUGACAUUGGCGAAAUGGAUGUGCAAUUUACAAAAGGGACUCCUUUCAAGCCAUUUGAACAGCUGAUGGGUGUCUUACCUGCAGCUUCGAACCAUGCUAUUCCAGAGGUAUUCCGGGACCUCAUGUCUGAUGAGAACAGCGAGAUCAUCGACUUUUACCCCGAAGAUUUCCCCGUUGACCUGAACGGGAAAAAGUUUGCAUGGCAGGGAGUUGCUCUGUUGCCGUUUAUCGACGAGAAACGCCUGCUGGCCGCCAUGGAUAAGCGGUAUCACCUGUUAUCGGAGGAAGAGCAAGCCCGCAAUGCCAUGGGGAAGGAUGUACUACUAUUGUCGGAAAAACACCCUCUUUACGAAUCUCUGACAGCCAAUUUCUACUCCAAAAAGCAAGUGUCGUCGAAGCUCAAAUUGAACAUGCGUAUCAGCGAGGGGCUGGGUGGGAAAGUCGAGAAGAAUGAAUCAUACCUACCCCAUAGUUCUCUAUCCCUGGAGGUGGAUGGCGCCGAUAUCCCUGCACUCGAUGAAGAUCGGUCAAUAAGUGUUUACUAUGAAAUGCCCAGGUCCAUGCAUACCCAUAAAUCCAUGCUGCUUCGGGGUGUCAAGUUCAAGGAGCCAGCUCUUGACAAGGCAGAUCUAGAGAUCACCAGAAACAAAGCUCGACACUCUGGGCGGUCAUUCGGAGGAGCACCACUCCAUUCUAGCCGCGGUGGUAGAGGCAGGGGAGGCGGAAGAGGUGGAGGCCAGAUAUCCUACGCCAGCAACGACCGCCCCAACCCCUUUGCUGCACACGUAGCCCCAGGCUAUAUUCCCCCACCGCACAUGGGCGGAGGGCCACCUGGGUACAAUCCUGCGCCCCCAAAUAUGUACAACGGCCCUGAUCGAUACCGGUCUCAGGGAGGGUACCCUCGGGGAGGCGGCGGCGGCGGCGGCGGCGGAUACGGCGGAGGCUAUGGGGGCCAUUACCAGCAACCACCUCCACAUAGCUGGGCCCAACACGACGGCCCAGCUUACAGUCACCCCUCUCGCAACCCCUACCAGGACCGCGCUCACUACCAGCGCGGCGGAAGCAGCGGGUACGGGCGUGGCGGAGGAGGAGGAGGAUCCUAUGAUGGCAGGGGAGGAGGAGGCUACUACGGCUCCAGGGGAUCCGGUCGUGGUCGAGGUCGAGGUGACGGGUAUGGCAGGUACUAA